UCGCUUUCCCUUGCCCCCUUCUCCUCAGUGCGGACAGGAGGCAGUGUGUGUGUGUGUGGUGUGUGUACUAUUUCAUCAGACAAGUAAUCCCUGCACGGAGUGUGAUUCAGCCGGGUUUUACGGAAUCAUCGUACGGCCAAAAGUGCAAUUUUAUGCAAAUCCCGCGCGGCAAAUCUGUGAAAACAAACGAAGAAGUGAUAAUAACAGCAAACAGCAGUGUUGCUGUAGCGGUUUACGGACGUCAAAUUGCACUGGGCUUACCACCUGAUAUAUCAACUCACUUUGAGCACAGUGCAACUUAUCGCUGCCAAGGCAACCGAAACAAAACAGUUCAGUGAGUGAGUGAGUUUAAAAUAAGCGUGUGGUGCAUUUAAAACAAGGGCAAAGGAAACCCCCUAUCCAUGCUCCAUGUGCGUUGUAAGUGUUGUGAGCUGCAGUAGAAACUCAACAAGGCAUAUUUAAACGCACACACACACCCAUUCGAGUGCAGUGUAGUGCUAGUACUAUCGCGAUUUUUUCCUGCCAAAGUUUUGAAACCGGGUCUGCAAUACACACCGUCACCUACGAACCAUGUACCCGUACUACGAAACCGACUGGAGCAUACUGCCGCCGGAACACAAUCGAAGAUACAGUCCCGGCUUGACGAUCAACAACAUCAAACAGGUGAUCAAUGAAACGAUCGAAACCAAUAUUUUGCGAAAGCCGGCCCCAACACGGCUGCGAGAGCUGAUCCGACAGAUCCGUGCCUGCCGGACGGCGGCCGAGGAGCGUGCCGUGGUCAACACAGAAUGUGCCUACAUCCGAAGUACCUUCCGCGAGACGGACUGCAUCUGGAAGUGUCGCAACAUGGCGAAGCUGCUGUACAUCCACAUGCUCGGCUAUCCGGCCCACUUUGGCCAGGUGGAGUGCCUGAAGCUGGCCGCCAGCGCCAAGUACACGGACAAGCGGAUAGGCUACCUCGGCGCGAUGCUGCUGCUCGACGAGCGCACCGAUGUGCACGUGCUGCUUACCAACUGCCUUAAAAACGAUCUCAACAGCCCCACACAGUUCGUCGUCGGCACGGCACUGUGCACGCUGGCCGCCAUCGCGUCGCCCGAGAUGGCCCGCGACCUGUGCAACGACGUCGAGCGGCUGAUCGUGUCGACCAACGCGUUCCUGCGCAAGAAAGCGAUCCUCUGUGCCUUCCGGUUUGUGCGCCGCGUCCCCGAGCUGAUGGAGGACUAUCUGCCCAAGUGUGAGGUGUUUCUGGCGGACAAGAACCACGGCAUCCUGAUCGCCACCAUCACGCUGAUUACCGAGAUGUGCGAACAGAGUGGACCGGUGCUGCGAUACUUCAAGUCGAUCAUACCGACGCUGGUGCGCAUGCUGAAAUCGCUCACCGUUACCGGCUACUCGCCCGAACAUCUGGUAAGCGGUGUGAGCGAUCCAUUCCUGCAGGUCAAGAUACUGCGGCUGCUACGGGUGCUCGGGCACGGCGAUGCCACGCAGUCGGAGAUCAUGAACGAUGUGCUGGCGCAGGUCGCGACCAGUACGGAGACGAGCAAGAACGCAGGCAACGCGAUCCUGUACGAAACGGUGCUGACGAUCAUGAACGUCGAGUCGGAGAACAGUUUGCGCGUGCUGGCGGUUAACAUACUGGGGCGGUUUCUGCUGAACAACGACAAAAACAUCCGGUUCAUCGGGCUGCUCACGCUGGUCAAGACGGUGCACAAGGACAUGACGGCGGUGCAGCGCCACCGCAUUACGAUCCUCGAGUGCCUUUCGGACGGCGAUCCGUCGAUACAGCGGUGCGCCAUGGAGCUGUCGUUUACGCUCAUCAACACGCAGAACAUCGAGAUGGUGGUGCGGGAGCUGCUGCGGUACCUCGAGUCGACCGACGCGGAGAUGAAGGCGCUCUGCAGCAGCAAGAUUGUGCUGGCGGCGGAGACGUACUCGCCCUCGAUCCGCUGGCAUUUGGAUGUGCUGCUGAGGAUUCUUACCAUUGCCGGCAAUAACAUCCGAGACGAUGUGAUAUCGUCCACCAUACAGCUCAUCUCGAACAGUCCCCAGCACGAGCAGCGUUUCAUCACGGACAAGAUGUGGGAAGCGAUCAUGAACAUGAACCAGCUCGAGAAUCGGCAGCCGCUGGUGCAGGUUGCUGUAUGGACGAUUGGGGAGUACGGAGAAUCGGGCGGGUUCGAUGAGUUUGAAUUAAUUGAACACUAUCGGCAACUGUUGUGGGCACCGCAGCUUUCAAUCACCACCAAGCAGUACAUUCUCGUGUCGUUGGCCAAAAUCAGCGUACGAAUCAAUGGCUGUACACCCGAAAUUCAAAACAUCAUCAAUGCGUUCCGAGUGCACAUGAACAUCGAUUUGCAGCAGCGGGCGAACGAGUUUUCGCAACUAUUCACCAACUACAAACACCUGCGGACCUCGCUGCUCGAGAAGAUGCCAAAGCUGAAGCUAUCGGAGCUGACCACCUCCGAGUACAAUGCUGACUUUGCGUCCGGCGAAUCGUCCGAGGGGGAACAGCAGCAACAGGAAGAGCCGGUACCAGCUCCAGAACCAUCGAACCAAGACAUCUUGCUCGAUCUUCUGGGCGAUUGCUUUAGCAGCGACGGAAACGGCAACAAUGCACUCGCCGUCGUGCCCGUUACGCAGCCAGCCGCACCGCAAUCCUAUCUACAAACGAGCUUUAAUCAAACCGGCCUGUCCACAAUUAACAACUACAACAAUAACGGUCCGAUGGCACCCGGCACCGACAGCUUCCUCGAUCUACUUGGUCUUGCCGCAGCGAACCAAACGCAACCGUCACAGCAGCAGACAAUCGACUACACACCGGCAACGGCAACAAUACCAGCGAUCGAAGUUUACCACAAGGACGACAUACACAUCCGCUUUCUCGUACACCCGCAGCAAACGACGGUGCACGAUCGGGAGGCACCAUCAACGACCCCGGCCCGCAUCACCGUCCAAACGACCAACGGAUCACAGGCGACGAUCGAAAAAUUCCUGUUCCAGGCAGCCGUACCGAAAGCGUUCGUGCUGACGCUCCGUGAACCGUCCGGCACGGUAAUGCCACCGGGCGGUACGAUCAUGCAGGAUCUGCUGAUUGCGCGGCAAACGGGCCAAAGUGGCGGUGCAGCGAGUGGGCUGCGCAUGAAGGUUCGCUUUUCGUACGAGGUGGAAAACUACUCCAUGAUGGAACAGAUCGAUGUGAACGAGUUUCCCAGCGGGUUUCUACGCUAGCAGCCGGUGAAAGGGUAGGAAGAAAUGUAGAAGCGCGUGGAAAGUUUAACCUGAUUGCCUGCAAGGAUCGCCUUUAGUACUUAAGCAUGGAAGACACAUAAUCGAAACAGUAGGAAGCAAGAGCAAGACAACUGAACACUGUAAUAAAUUCCUCUAUCUACUAGAAAGAAUAAAUAAUGGUACAAACGGAA